UGUUCUCCGAAAUUCGGAUUUCAAAAUUCUUAAAAAUGGAAGAAGUGUUUGCCUCUUGAACUCAUUUAACAUACUUUGUUAUAAUCCUUCAAGGAGGAAAGUGUUUAUUUUCAAUUAGUGCUCUGCACUGUAUAUGUUAUCGGUGACGUAAAAUGGAAAAUAGCAAGAAAACUGUCAUUCAAGGAUGUCUGGCUGUAUUUGGUGGAGUUCUGUUGCACCUUACAUUCGGUUAUUUCUAUACCAUUUCAAAUAUGAUCCCGUAUAUAAUGGAUUAUUUAAGAACGUAUGUGGAUCCUAGCAUAUCUGAUAAAGAUGCCAUAUGGCUAUCGGCUUUGGGAUUUUGCAUGCAAGGCCUUGCAAUGCCUGCUGGUGGUUUGGUGGCUAAAAAAUUGGGCUUUAGACUUGUUGUCGCCACAAGUUGUAUAUUUUUGAGUGGGAGUGUGUUUUCUACGUACUUCACAAUACAGAAGACAUUUGUUGGGGUGAUAAUAACCUAUUCUGUUUUAAUGGGCAUAGGAAUGGGUUUCGCUUACUCUGUUGUUUUGGCCGUAGCAACAACAUGGUUUCCAGAAAGGCGUGGAUUGAUUGUGGGACUUAUUGUUAGUGGAUUCGGCCUAGGUGCAUUGGUUUUUGCACCUAUUCAAACAGCUUUAAUCAAUCCUUCAAACAUAAAAGUGAACAAUGUUACACGACAUUUCACUGACAGAGAACUCCUCGAUCACUUACCAAGAGCACUUUUAAUUCUGGGAGGUAUAUUAUCAGGGAUUCAGAUUAUUGGUUUCAUACUUCUUCGUCCAAGGCCUUCUUCGAAACAAUCAAGUGUGAAUCAGAAAGCACAAAUCUCAAAUGAAGUAAACGUAUCACCAAAGCAAUUGUUUCGAUGCAUCGACUUCUAUCUACUUUGGCUUGUGAUGUUCUUCAAUAUUAUUCCAAUUACCACAAUCACAUCAACAUACAAACAAUUCGGUCAGACAUAUAUUUCGGACGACAGAUUUCUAUCGGCCAUAGUAACUGUUUCAUCACUAUUCAACUGUGGUGGUCGCAUUUUGUGGGGCUCUGUUGCUGACCGACUUUCAUUUAAGGUUCCAUUGUGUGUAAAGCUCGCCGUUUGGUGUAUUGUCCUGAUAACUUUUCCACACCUUGCUUUACUGUCAGAAACUGGUAUGAAAAUAUGUUUCCCGAUUUGGGUAUUUGCUCUAUUCACAUUGUUUUGUGGAACACUGGUGCUUAUACCAAAUGCAACUGGUACAGUAUUCGGACCAGUCAAUUUAGCAGUGAAUUACGGUUUGAUCUUUAUUGCUUUUUCGUUUGGAAGUUUCACUUGUGCACUUUUUACAACCUUCGUAACUCCGGAAGGAGCCUACAUAUUCCAAUACACAAGCUGUGGGAUUGUGUGCCUUGUGUCACUUUUCAUAACAUUGUGGAUCGAAGACAGAAAGACUCCAGAGAAGUGCAAACUGAGCGGAUGCUUGUUAGAUCAUGUGCAAAAUUACGAGUGAAACAACCUUACUACAGUCCACAUGAAUUAGAAGCUCUCAGAUCGUAAUGCAUAACUGAUUACCUUUAUUAUUACAGUUAUUAGCAUUAUAUAUAUAUAGACUUCGUCCUAGUUGUAUCUCUCUGCUCCACGCAAAAUAGAAAAGCACUGUCAUAAUUGCCAUUAGUGCAGUUAAAUUUUUAAAAAUAAUUUUAUCCGAUAAAAAAAAUUGCUUCGUCUUUUUAACUGCUUUCUGUUUAAUUAUAUUUUCUGCAAACACUUAUAAUAAUAAAAUUUCACUGAAACAUA